CCUAUCAUGACACAAAAACGGUGCAAGCAACAGUCGUUUCAUACAUCAAUCAUCCAUUGGCUGGGACUCUAUUCCUUGAGCCCUGCAGAUAAACCCUAACGAAAGAAAGCAUCCCUGCUCAUCAAACCAGUCCAUAGAAGAUGAAAUUCAGGUUUUCCCGUAAAGUCCCCAUAUUUCCUCACAAUUUACGAAUCAAUCAUCGGUAUCACGAACGCCAAUUCUUCAAUUCGUUUUUUAAGAAGUCCCAAACAGCGCCUCAAGCACGUGGUUCUUUCAAUGGCAACAGUAGCAGUAAUUCACAAGGUAAUUCUUUUCUUGUGCCUGGUGCAACUGUGGCUACUCUGCUCAUGCUCGGCGCCCUUCAUGCAAGGCGACUCUAUGAUGACAAAAAGAAUGAAGAAGCACGGGAAAAAGGAAUUGAAAUAGAGUUUCAACCUGAUGUCAAAGCUUCAUUUCUGCAGAUGCUACCUUUACGCUCCAUUUCUAGAGUUUGGGGUUCCUUGACAGGCAUAGAACUUCCAAUCUGGCUGCGUCCAUAUGUCUACAAAGCAUGGGCUAGAGCAUUCCAUUCAAACUUAGAAGAAGCAGCUCUGCCUCUUGAAAAAUAUGCUUCUUUAAAGGAUUUCUUUGUCCGUGCCCUGGAAGAAGGCUGCAGGCCCAUAGAUCCUGAUCCAUGUUGCCUGGUUAGUCCAGUGGAUGGCACUAUUCUCAGAUUUGGAGAGUUGAAAGGAUCAGGUGCUAUGAUUGAGCAAGUCAAAGGAUUUUCUUACUCUGUUUUUUCUCUUCUAGGUUCUAGUUCCUUCCUUCCACUGAUAGCUGAAGGGGACGUCCAGGAUGAGAGUAGUGAACAGCAAAGCAAUCUUAAAGAGAACAGUAAGAAGUCAUGGUGGAGAAUUUCAUUGGCUUCUCCUAAAGUCAGGGACACUGUGUCAGCAUGUCCAAAAAAGGGCCUUUAUUACUGUGUAAUAUACUUGAGGCCUGGAGAUUAUCAUCGAAUACACUCACCGGUUGAAUGGAAUGUGCUUGUACGCCGGCAUUUUACAGGGAAUCUAUUUCCAAUGAAUGAACGUGCUACAAGAACAAUCAGGAAUCUUUAUGUUGAAAAUGAAAGGGUUGUGCUUGAAGGCUUGUGGCAAGAAGGAUUCAUGGCUAUUGCUGCAAUUGGUGCGACAAAUAUUGGGUCUAUUGAGCUUUUCAUUGAACCAGAACUGUGUACCAACCUGCCAAGGAAAAAGCUACUGAAUUCUCAGCCUCCAGAAGAACGUGUAUAUGAACCUGAAGGCAUUGGCAAAAUGUUGAAGAAAGGGGAGGAGGUGGCUGCAUUCAAUAUGGGAUCAACAGUGGUGCUUGUCUUCCAGGCUCCCACAUUAAAGCUGUUGAAAAACAGGGACUCAUCCUCAGAGUUCAGGUUCAAUAUCAAACGUGGAGACAGAGUCCGUGUUGGAGAAGCACUGGGAAGGUGGCAUGAUAUGUAGAAACAAGUGUAAAUUCGCUAUUAUGAGCACAAUGUAUGUACUCUGAGUCUGAGCAGAAACAGAUUUUACUAAUGAAAACAGGGAAGAUUUCAACUGACAUUAUGAUCAAUUGAUUAGGUAUCAGAUUUUGAUUCUUGAGACUUUUAGUUCCUUCCUGUGUUGGCCAUAGUCGAUGAAAUAAGGAUUCAUUGGGUAAGAUGUAGAAAAUCUCCUUUAUUGCAAUUUGGUUUAUUAUGAAGUCAUAUUAUCUAACAGGCAUCAGCCUUCUUUCCAUUUUCA